GUUUGCUCAAAGCUAGGCCAGCCAGUCUGUGUUCACUUUCCACUCGAGAUGUUUGUGUUUUCCAUCGCGUUGUCGGCUUUCCUCUAUAUUGCCGCGGCGAGGCUGGCUGCCGGCACUCUUGGUGAACCACCUCCUGCACUGUCCGAAGAAGUGGCAAUUGUAGCCAUGCCACCUGAAAUUCCGCCCGGCAACAUCAGAAGGGUGCUCGAUCAAGUUCUGAGCCAAUUCCUGUUUAAACAUCGCCAAGGCAGAAAGUCGGUUUGCUACGAUGUGCUGGGGUGCUUCCACGUGUCUGGAAAACUGGCACACCUUCGCUCGGUGCCUGACAGCCCAGAAAGACUGGACACAAGAUUUUAUCUAUACAGGAAAAAUCCUCCAGACGCACGUGAACAAAGAUCCAUAGGCGCGGAAGAUGAUGCUGAAAUGAUCGAUUUUUUCAAUUAUCAUAAACUGUCACUUUCAAAUUUUGAUCCCGAAAAAGACACAAAAAUUUUGCUCCACGGCUACAAGGGUAGAGGCGACGGAGAUAACGCCAAGAGAAUACGAAACGCCUUUUUUGACAGGGAGGAUGUGAAUAUUUUCUCCGUGGAUUGGUCGAACGGUGCCAAAGGGCCAAACUACCUCCGAGCCGUGGCCAAUGCGGAAUUAGUGGCUCGGCAGCUGGCACAUUUGAUUUUGGAAAUGAUUGCCAUGGGGUCGAACCCCAAGCAAAUCCACAUAAUAGGAUUCAGUCUGGGGGCGCAGGUUGCAGGAAUGGCAGGCGCCGAAGUGCAGAAGGAGGGCUUCAAAAUAGGCAGAAUCACGGGUUUGGACCCUGCGUCAUUCACCUUUGAGCGGGCCGGUCUGGACGCAGACAAGAGGCUGGAUUUAACCGACGCAGAGUUUGUGGACGUGAUCCACACGGACGGCAGUUUGAUUUGGUCCGACGGCUUCGGAAUUCUGGCGCCCGUGGGCCACGUCGAUUUCUAUCCAAACGGCGGACGCGACCAGCCUGGAUGCAAAGACAGCUACGUCGGAGCGCUCACCUUCCAACUCAGGGUUCUUUCAGCGCAAAACAUGAACAGCACAAACUUGUGCAGUCACGCAAGGGCCGUCGACUUAUUCAUCGAGUCGCUGGACCCGAGUUGUAAAUUUUUGGCCUAUCCUUGUCCCGGACUGCGGCAAUUUGAGCGCGACUUUACGCACGGCAACUGCUUCACAUGUGACGGAGGGUCUUGUGGCGAAAUGGGAUACCGAGCGCCUCUUAGAAGUGGAAGAGGGCCUCUUUACUUAGCCACCAGAGCCACAAAACCAUAUUGCGGCCAACAAAUUAGAGCAGCAGUACAAAUUUCGCCUCAGUCAAAGCUGACACGAGGGACCAUGAUUUUGCAGCUGCACCAUGAGUCAAAAGUGACAACUUUUGAGUUGAGCUCAUCCCGUUUAGGCUCACAGACUCUUGACAUGAUUAGUGCUGGCCAAGAGUUGAGCGCUGUAACUGCUACGGACGCCUACAGUAUUUCUCCAGAAAAAACUCCGAUUUUGUAUGCAGCUUUGGCUUUCAGACCUAAAACUGGGCCUGCUGGCCGAAUAACCAGCCAGCAGGUCAUCUUGGACCGAAUAAGUAUUACGAGUCAAGAAGGAAAAUGGUGGCAUUUCUGUGGUCGCAACACAACAGUGAAGUACACAAGUAAGCAGAGAAGCAAACCACUUAUAGUGAAGCUGGAUGGAAAUCGAUGCUGAAAAAAUGACUGAUCUCAUUUACUAACUUGCUUUUGUUUGUUGUAAAAACUUUUGAUUUUUAAUUGGUGGAAUUUGAUUCUUCAGCUCAUUCUGUUCGGUUAAUUUUCCAAGCUGCAAUAAUGAUUGCAAUUUACUGUGGUACAAAUCCAUGACUGUUACUUAAGAAAACGUUCGGCACAUUUUACAAUUUAUUUUACAGGGUAAAUGGACAAACUGAUGUAAGUAUGGAAAUAAAAACAAGAAAAAAUAAUUUUUA